AUGCGAUUACCAGGCGAAUGUUGUUCAGUUGAUCACCCUUGGAUAGCUGUAGCUCGGCCGCAGCUUGGCAAUGUUUCCACCUUGCUUGUAGUUAUAUUCUACACAAGGGCAGAUGCAUCAACUGACAGGAGAGAAUUUACAAGUCCUGAGGGAAGAAAGUAUUACUACAACAGGGUUACUAGAACGCCCAAAUGGAGAAUGCCUGAUGAAGUCAAGUUGGCUCGUGAAAAGGACACCAUUUCGCACGCUUCUGAUUUUGGAUCCAUUUCUAUUGUUAAAACAUCAUCCCUGGGUGCAGAUGGUUCAUUAGUCUCGGCACACGGUGCUAAAUCAAGCCCAAUUGCUGUGUCACCAGCUGCUAACUUACCAACUAUUGUGGCUUCAGAAUCAUCAAGUUUAUCUGGUAAGGUUUCUUCUCUGAUGAUUGAAACAGUCGAAAUGAAUAAUUCUUCAGAACCUGCUUCACCAGCUGUGGCUGAUUCGGAGAAAAUUGGAAUAGCAGUAACCUUGGGAAAUUCUAUCGCGCCACCGGUUUCUGAGACUACUACAGCUCAAGAUGCAGUAGUGUAUGGUGAUGGAUUUUCUUCGGAGAAUAGAGAGUUGUUAGUCAACUGCUAACAGGUGUAAAAUAUGCUCCAAAUUCCAAUGAGGUUUGCUUUUGUCCUUUGUGCUUGAUGUUGUGCCUAAAAUGGAGAAUGUCAAGAAAGGUGCUGCAAUAACUGAAAUCGGAGGUGCUACUCC